CGAUUGUCGCAGCGGAUGCGCUAUCGCAAGGGUCGCUGCAUCAUCGCCUCGACAUCAUGGACGCGCUCCUCGGAAUCUUGGAAGUGCGCGUACCUCCCAGAACCUCCGUCUACGCCGCAUCAACAUCGCAACAUCAACCUCCGAUGGCGAUCGCGGCUUUACCUCCACCUUUGCACACUUUGGAAAAGUCCUAAUCCACCAUGGUGCGGUUGCUGGUUCCUGAAGGCGAGAGUCAGCAUGCCAUCACCGGGAGACCACCUGGCGCAAUCGCUACACAACGCGACCUUAUCGCAUCGCCUUGGAGAUCCUCGAUCGCCGCUGCAGCCGUCACUGGCGGCUUCGCCCUUGUCGGCCGCUCACGACCUGGCGUGUUCCUCAAGUCCGCCGCGUUGUUCAGUGCCAUAGACCUCACAUGUACCGCAUCGGGAAUAUAUGGGCGACAUGAACUGCACCGAGGAAUCUUCAAGAUGGAAGGGAUACAGGCCAAGCCCGGCAAGCUAUGGGAACGGACAAAGCACUGGACGUGGGAAGAUGCGACACUCGGGGGAGGAGUGGUGGGGGCGUUUUUGGCAUUGAACCCGCGUGCUCUACCCGGCGUCUACGGCUUCGCGCGAUUCUUCGGGGCGGCUACAGUUGGAUGUGCGCUCGGCUACAAAGCUGGACAAAUCUACAUCGUUCGCCUGCCCCCGCAACUCCUCCAGCUCUUCGACCACACGGUAACGGCAAACCGACGAAGAGAGUACGAAAAGUUACAGGAUAACGAAAAAGCGAAAGCGUCCCUUUCUCGAAUCGGCAAACUCGCACUCUGGUAUCACACGUCUCAGACGAUGACUAUUCUUCGGAGUCCUCUACAACUUGGCGGUAUAGGAGGAAUGGGAGGAUUUGGCGGUACUCCUGGUGGUCAGCAGUCACCGCAUGGUAGCCAGUUGCAUGCACUAAAAGCCGAGAUGGACAAAGAGACUGUCUUUCAGACCGAGUUCAAGGAGGGAGAAGUUGCAGGACCCGAUGUAGAGAAUGGCUACCGCGCGUACAAGGACGACCUCAAGUCAAGAGAUGCGAGCAAAGUACAAGACUGGCUGGAGCAAGUUCGGGAGCUCAAGAACAAGAUUGGUUCGGAAUGGCAAUACGUCUGGCGAUACCUUGGGCAGAGAGAAGACGAGUUUUACCACCACGUAGAGGAUGAUAGGGAGAAGGAUCUCCUCCGACGGGAACUCCAGCUGCUGAAUAACAUGGCCGCUGAUAUAGUUACCCGAUGUGCAAUCCUCGAGUACCACGAACGCGAUGCCCUGAAGCAACUCCGGCAAAUCGAGCAAACAGAAUUAAGCGUAGGGUCCGAUGCAGUAUCUCAAGCCACCACGGCGCCGUACGAAUUCCCACACGACUCAGCAGAGGUUGCUCAGAUCAACCACCGUGGCCCACGCAUCGUCACCGAGCGAAUCCGCACAACCUGGUCAAGACAGAAAGAGUUAUUGCGACACUUAGAUCACGCCGCCUCCCGUGCUAGUGAGGUAUCCGAAGCCAAUAGAGGCUACCAUGUUGCUGAGCACCUCAAGCAUCUCAAGCAGGAUGCUGAUCAGAUGCGGAUGAACGUUGAAGCCACUGAGCGUUUGCUGCGACGGUUUGAGGAUCGGGUUCGCGAGGCUGAUGAGGAGGCGAAAGAGAGCCCUCGCCAAAGCGGAGGCGAUUCGAAUAGUGAGCAGAGACCCACUUGACAUGGAUCUUUGUCGCGCUUGGUUAUACGCUCGCUUUGCUACAAGCCUGCUGGUUGAGGUCAGGCGUUUUAGGUUGCUCGGUCAAAUAACUUGCAACGACUGAUAUCAUGAGACUAUUGGCCUGUUGGUGUGUACAUCAUGCAUGGAAAGGGCGAGCAACGAAACGUCACCACAUCACAAAGUGACCUUGAU